CGUUGUAUUACUUCAUUCGUGUGUGGAUGCUGCUAGUAUCCUAAGUAAUAAUAUAGGGUGGUGUAAUUAUGCUUUGCUUUUCUACAUCGGAUUACUUUGAAUAUUCCUAUUGCUGCCGUGUUACUCUUGUGUUUCACGUUAACGCUUUUGUAGAAUUAUUUCUAGUAGGUUAUAGCCUAGUUUUAGCACGAGGUGUCACUACAGACCGUAAGAUAGAGGUUAAUAGUCUUUACCCUAGCGCCUCUCUCUCUCUCUCUCUCAGACUCUUGGUAUUAGUGUAUCUGCAGCUGAGACAUGAUCUCUAUUUCGUCUCGUGUUUUCUGAACGCAAAAAGAGCUAUCAGAUUCUCUCGAGUUUAUAUAUAUUUUUUUCUGCUGACAAGCCGGCGGCACAUAACCGUCAUGGGAUUUUGGGGAUAUUUCGAGUGUGGAUUGAUAUUUUUGAUUUUUCUGCUGGAUUCUGCGUUUGCUCAGAUCGUCUAUUCCGUACCGGAAGAGGUAAAUAAAGGGACAGUUGUUGGGAAUAUAGCGAAAGAUCUGAACAUCAACGUUCACGACCUUGAAUCUCGUAUGUUUGAGAUUGUGUCUGGAUUAAAUAAGAAGUAUUUUAACGUGAAUCUAAAAACGGGCGUGCUGUUUGUUAAUGAAAGAAUUGACCGGGAGGAGUUAUGUCCUUCGAGUCAGAAAUGUUCUCUGAAUAUAGAAGCCCUUGCUAAAAAUCCUCAUCAUCUUUACAGAGUGGAGAUUAAGAUUUUGGAUAUAAACGAUAAUGCGCCACAUUUUCCUGUUAAAGUAUUUGCUGUGAAUAUUAGUGAAAACGCAAGUCCAGGAGAAAGAUUUCCUCUCCCUGUAGCAGAGGACUCUGAUGUUGGCAGUAAUUCGCUGAAAGAGUACAAACUGAGUCCGAAUGAACAUUUCAGUCUAGAUACACAGAGUGAAGACCAGAGUGUGUCUGCAGAGUUAGUGCUGAACAAGGCUUUGGAUCGAGAGAAACAAGCCACGAUUAAGUUAAUUCUCACUGGAGUAGAUGGAGGAAAGCCACCUAAAUCUGGGACUGUAAAUAUUAUUAUAAACAUAAUGGAUAAUAAUGAUAAUAAUCCAGUGUUCAGUCAACCUCUUUAUAAAGUCAAACUAAAGGAAAAUGUUGCUGAUGGUACAAAAGUUAUCUCUGUGUUUGCCUCUGAUUUAGAUGAAGGCAUUAACAGUGAUAUUUUGUAUUCAUUUGUUGGUCAUGGCAAGAGAAAAGACCUGUUUUCCAUAAUCCCAGAGACUGGAGAUAUUGUUGUAAAAGGACAAAUAGAUUACGAGGAGAAUACUGCCAUUGAGUUACGAGUUCAAGCGAAAGAUAAAGGCAGCCCACCAAAGAGUACACAUUGUAAAAUUUUAAUAGAAAUUAUGGAUGAAAAUGAUAAUGCACCAGAGAUAUUUGUUACUCCUCUGCUGGAAAGUGUGAAAGAAGACACAAAGUCAGGAACAGCAGUUGCUUUAGUCACAGUGUCUGAUAAAGAUGGAGGUAAAAAUGGCAUUGUACACUGCUCUCUGAAAGACUCUUUUCCUUUCAAACUGGAGACAUCAUAUAACAAUCAUUAUUCUCUAGUGGUAGAUGGACCUCUGGACAGAGAGAGUGUUUCUCUGUAUAACAUCACAAUUACAGCUGCAGAUGAAGGAAGUCCGUCUCUUUCCAGCAGCACUGUUAUAACUGUACAUAUCUCUGAUGUUAAUGACAAUGCUCCACAUUUCCCAGCUCCCGUUAUUAACGCUUUUCUACGUGAGAACGGUCAAGCUGGAGGUCUGGUGACAAAAGUGUCCGCUGAUGAUUCAGACGCUGGUGAAAACGCACAACUUUCAUAUUCACUGUUAGACAGUUCCAGCUCCAGUGUUCCUGUAACAACACUGAUAAAUAUAAACUCUUUAAGUGGAGAAAUAUUCAGCUUGCAGUCAUUUAAUCACGAAGAAACAAAGAGGUUUCAGUUUCAAGUUAUGGCCACAGACUCUGGUGUUCCUCCUCUGAGCAGUAACUCGACUGUAAAUGUGUUUAUUCUGGACGAGAACGACAACAGUCCGGUUAUUUUAGCUCCUUAUUCUGAACCUGGAUCAGUUAAUAGUGAGAACAUUCCCUACUCUGCUGAAGCGGGAUACUUUGUAGCCAAGAUCAGAUCUGUUGAUGCUGACUCUGGAUAUAACGCACUUCUGUCUUAUCAUCUAACUGAACCCAAAGGAACCAAUCUGUUCCGCAUCGGAAGCAGUUCUGGAGAAAUAAGGACUAAGAGACGAAUGAGUGACAACGACUUAAAAACUCACCCACUUCUCAUCACAGUGUCUGAUAAUGGAGAGCCAUCACUCUCAGCGACUAUGUCCAUGGAUGUUGUGGUUGUUGAGAGUCUGGAUGACAUAAAGACAUCCUUCCGAGAAGUUCCUGUUAAAGAGGAGAGUUUUUCAGAUCUCAAUCUGUAUCUGCUCGUCUCUAUCGUCUCAGUAUCAGUCAUCUUUUUACUGAGUCUGGUGGGUUUGAUAGCAGCUAAAUGCUACAGGACAGACAGCAGUUUCAGCAGGUACAGCGCUCCAGUGAUCAGCACACAUCCAGACGGAAGCUGGUCCUUCUCUAAAUCCACUCAACAGUACGACGUGUGUUUUAGUUCAGACACGAUAAAGAGUGAUGUAGUAGUUUUCCCCUCGCCGUUUCCUCCAGCAGACGCGGAACUGAUCAGCAUUAAUGGAGAAGAUACUUUUACGCGCACGCAAACUCUUCCUACCUCAGAGAAGGUAAGAUAAAUGAAAAACUAUGUUGGAUAAUUACUUUUUUCGAGGUGAAUUUUUGUUAUAAGCUGUUUGAAAUUAAUUGUAAUACCAGUUUUCGUUUUAUAUGGCUUUUUAUCACAUUCAAGUGUUUGCCGUGAAUAUAAUACGCAGUUUUUCCUGCAUGUUGUACGA